CAUCGCUCUGUGUACAGUGACGAAUUUUAAGGGUUAAGUGGUGUGUUGGUUUUUGCAUGGUUUGUGUCAAAACCAGGACAUGAUAAUUAAGAUUUCAGCAGCUUUAUGCUGCUUAAUAGCAGCAAAUUAUGCUGCAAUCGCUCCCGGACAAAAUGCUUAUCUCCCUCCCAAAGACGGAUACAAAUACGAAAAACCCUCAGUGCCAUUCCCUCCUCCUCAACCUCCAAGACCUCCAUCUCCGCCAACUCAACCGCCAUAUAGACCCCCAGCGCCCACUCAACCCCCCUACAGGCCUCCAGCGCCCACCCAACCCCCCUACAGGCCUCCAGCACCUCCCACUCAACCUCCUUAUAGACCACCAGCACCGCCUCAACCUCCAAGACCAACCUACGGUCCACCUACUCCACCUCCCUAUAGACCUCCAGCACCGACUCAACCUCCCUACAGACCCCCAGCACCUCCAACUCAACCCCCAUACCAACCUCCAUCAAGACCACCACCGGCUACAGUUCCCCCUAAGUUUCGCCCAACUUCCCCUCCACGACCACCAACCGGACCGCAAUAUUUGCCACCAGAACGUCCAGGUUUUCCAACUUCACCUCCUUCGUACAGACCCCCAUCGCCUCCAACUCCGCCUCCUUAUAGGCCUCCAGCGCAAACUCCUCCUCCAUAUAGGCCUCCAUCUCCUCCAACUCCGCCUCCGUAUAGGCCACCUGCGCAAACUCCUCCCCCAUACAGGCCUCCUUCUCCUCCCACUCCACCUCCGUAUAGGCCUCCUGCGCAAACUCCUCCUCCAUACAGGCCUCCAUCUCCCCCAAGUCCACCUCCGUAUAGGCCUCCAUCUCCCCCAACUCCACCUCCGUAUAGGCCUCCAGCGCAAACUCCUCCACCUUACAGACCAGGCCCAUCACCAACACCACCACCAUACAGACCAACUCCUGGACCGAGACCAUUGCCAGGUCCAAGUCCUGGAGGAGACGGAUCCGAAACUCACGAUCAUCAUCACCACGUACCUGGCAUGCCUUUUGAUUUCAGUUACGCUGUUAAAGAUGAUCAUUAUGGUAACGACUACUCACAUAAUGCCAUCAGUGACGGAGAUCAAACUAAAGGAGAAUAUAGAAUACAAUUACCUGAUGGUAGGACACAAGUGGUUAAAUAUACAGCUGAUUGGGCUACUGGUUUCCAUGCCCAGAUAAGUUAUCAAGGACAACCGACGUAUCCGCAAUACCCGGGACGCCCCAGUGGUCCAACACCCAGCGGACCAUCAUACCCAAGUGUUCCUUCAUACCCUAGUGGACCUAGCAGACCAAGUGUCCCGUCUUACCCUAGCGGACCCAGUGGCAGACCGUCUUUCCCUAGCACACCUAGUAGACCUAGCACCCCGUCGUUCCCUAGCAUACCCAGCAGACCUAGCACGCCUUCUUUCCCGAGCACACCUAGUAAACCGUCGUUCCCUAGCACCCCGUCCUUCCCUAGUACACCUAGUAGACCUAGUACUCCCUCAUUCCCUAGUCCACCCUCUGGUGGUUAUCCCAGUGGAAGACCAGCAGGCCCAUCGCCCUCAUUCCCUAGUCCACCUUCUGGUGGGUAUCCCAGUGGAAGACCUGCAGGUCCAUCGUUCCCCACUCCAAGCAAACCGUCUUUCCCUGGUACGAGUACGAACCAAAUCACCCAACAAUACGCCCCUGGUGGUGGAUACAAAUACUAAAUGACACAACGAUUGAAAAUCCACACUGCCUUAUCGAGUGUUCAAAUGAAUUCAAGUUGCAAUAGUUUUUAAUCGCGCUUUUUAGCAAAACUUGUGAUGCAAUUUUUUGUUACCCUUUGUACAGGCAAAUCUUAGAUUAAUGAUUGUAUAUUUUAGAGUUUCUUGUAUUUAUUUUAGUACUUAUUUUUUGAUGUGAAUAUUUUGAAAUCACGUUUGAAAAGUCAGUUAUUCAUACUUUUGUCAAAACUUUUCUAUUUAUUCUUUGAUAUUGUAUCAUACUGUAAAAUGUAUAAUACGAAUGCAAUGUACUAUAAAAUAAAUUUAUUUUUAUACUGACA